AUGGAGGAUCGCAAUAAGAUAUCCCUCCGCAGCGGCAAGAGAAAGAAGAGACCUACUAUCAGCGCGCCUCGUCAGAUCUCUGGUCCAAUUGCUCAAGAUGAUUCCAACAGGCCACAUCUUCCUGGCGUUCCCAGUCCUGGCGACCAAGGCCAGGCUCGACCUCGUCCGCGUCCUCCCCCGAUGGCUGGUGGAAAGACAUCCGAUCUUGUAAAACGACGAUACUCGACACGAUUCAACCAACCUACUGCCGGUCCUAAUGGCGCUGUACCACCAAUGCCGCAGAUGCCCUCGCUCGGCAAUUACGAGUCCAGAGACCCCAGUGCCGCCAUUAGAAAACCUCCCUCGCGUGCGGGCCCUGGAGCCACUCCAGUUGUCGAUAUUAAGGGGCUUCUAGAUGCGAAGUUGAAGCCAGAUCGAUAUGUCCAAGCUGCCCUGAGCGAUGCGACCGAGGAUCAGAUCCGUGAAUUCGAAGACUCGUUGCGCAAGGUCAAAACACGCGUGGGAAUGGAUCUACAACAGAGCGUUAUGCAGAACAGGACACAAUUUAUCAAGAUCAGCAAAGAGGCGGAGAAGCUCAAGAGCGAGAUGAGGAACCUCAAGAACUUCAUGUCGGAGCUCAAGGUCAAUACGACAGCUAUGAGAGCGGCUGCCGCAAAGAACGACGAAACUAUGCCUAGAGAUGUUGCGAGCGCCCCUGGUCUUACCAGCAGACGAGAUAGGCGAACCUCUAUCGCCGACAGAAGCGCAAUGUGGAAUUCGCAAAUGCAAGCCUUGUAUAAGGGAGUGGAAGGGUCGCAAAAGUUCCUCCCUAAUGCGGUGGGACGGCAUGUUGUCCAAGAUGCAGGCCCUUGGAUCGAGCUCGACAACGCUACAUAUAAAUCACGCAGAGCGAUGCAAAUCUUCCUGCUUAACGACCACCUUCUCAUCGCAUCGCGUAAGAAGCGAAAGGCAGAUGCGCCAAGUUCCGACGCACGAGGGCCUAUAAUGAAACUGGUGGCGGAUCGUUGUUGGCCGCUGUUGGAUGUCGAAGUGGUAGACAUGUCAAGCACCGGAGAAUCGUCAAGUAGCGGGCGCAAUAAGCUUGCGGAUGCCAUCAUGGUACGAGGUGUUGGUCAGGAAUCUUUCAUUUAUCGGACGGAGAAACCCCAAGACCCAGAAAAGAAGCAGCUUCUCCUCAACGUGCGCAAAGCUAUAGAAGAGCUUCGCAAGGGUCUCCGAUCGGAGAUGGAGGCCAACAACAAGGCCCGUGAGACGAUUAACUACUUUGCCUCUCGCGACCCUGGUCUUCUUCAAAAGACUGAACUCCUAGCAACGCUGUCGGACAUCAAAGAUAUGCUCAUUGAAGUGGAUGGCAAGCAGCAGAACUUGCGCUGGGUUGAGAGCGAAAUGGAUGAUCUCGACAUUGACGUUGCCAUGCAGAGAUUUGAAGACGCUGUGGUUCGCGUGGAGAAGCUCAAGGCAAUUGCUCGCGGACUGAAGAACCAUGCGAUCGCCCAGGACUUCAUCAACUUCAAGGUGAACGAGCGAUGCUCUAAAUUAGCCGGCAUGAUUGUUCAUGAGCUUGAAUUGACACACGACAACAACAUAAAGACAAGACGCAAUGUCAGCUGGUUGACGAGGCUGGGCUUUGAAGACAGUGCCCGUGAAUCGUACCUAGCAGCAAGAAGUGGAACCAUUCAUAAACGAGCCAGGCAAUGCAUUUUCCAAGGAGAUUUGCAUCUAUACAUCUGGGAGCUCUCGUUUGUGUACUUUAUGGUCAUCCACAACACAGUGCAGUGCUUCCAGUCCUGCUUCCCACCGCCCAUGAUGAGUGUAUGCGUCAAAUGGGCCAAAGAAGAGGUCGACGCGUUUAACGUUAUCCUGGCACGCCAACUUAGUAGCACGGAGCCUGGAGGACAGGUCUGGACGCAGUGCAUGGAGAGAGCAAAGGAACAUUCCAAGUUCUUAUCUGAAGUUGGCCUCGACUUUGAGAACUUGGUCGGUAAAGAUCUAAUGAACUUUGAACCGGUCGAGCAGGAAGCUUCUGUCGGACUGGGGCUGUCAUAA